AUGUUGUACGAUCAGGUCUCAAGCUCUUGGAUCAUGUGGGAUGAGCUGGGAGCGCAAGGUCUCUAUCCCAGCGAUCCGACAGACCCACAUCUCUCAGCUUAUGCUUCCCAGCAGUACCUUCUUGCUUCGAGGCCUCCCAACAACCCGUCAGCAAAUCCCGUUCCUCCGUACAUGUCAGGCUACUACGACCAAAUGGCUCGAGGAGUGUCCGGCCCUUCCAUGGGGACAAGCGUGAGCUCGAUGUAUCCCUCGGGCUCUUACGCCAUGAAUGGGUUGGGUGAGACCGACAGGCGCCUCUUACAGCAGCACCAGGGAGGAAUGUUCACAUCAAGCGGCAUGAGCGGCAUGAGUAGUGCGCCGAUGAGCUCUGGAUAUGGACAAGCAUAUGCGGGGUACAUCGCAGUGAAUCACAGCCAGGCACCCCACGAAGCCCCUGGCAUGAGACCUUCGCAACAAACAGCACAGGGUACGGCAAGCUCCAUCAAGGUGCGGGGAGGGCUCAUGGCGGCGAGUUCCGCAGACACCUCAAUGUCUCGAGGUUUCGUUCAAGGCAGCACUGGAAGAGAAGCAGGUGCAGCCUAUCUGAUGCCGAACAAUCCAGCAGCAUCGAGCUAUGCUAAUCGGAUUCAAACCCCUCAAAGCACUCAACCUUCGAUGACAGGGCGAGUGUCCUCGAUCGCGAAUCCAAACGUCUCGACCACUAAGAACCCUACGGCACCCUCAAAGCAAAGUGAUCGUGCGAUUCAGGGUAAUUUCCCUCCCGAAACUCUGCAACAGAAUGCUCCAGCGAUGGGGAGAUUCGUGGACUGCUUCCAAGAAGGCUUCAUCCAACCUGGAGUCACGCCGACAUCCCACGGAUAUAAGAAUUCCCAAGUCUCACAAGAUAUCGCCUCCCAGAAAAGAGCCAAGUAUUCGUCCAUGUUGUCUGCCGCACCUCAAAUGUACCAUGCUCCAUCUGACCAACCCCUUACUUCUUUCCAAAGUAAUGGAGAGGGGACAGUCCAACCUACAUUUCAAGGAAGGGAAUGCUAUGAUCAAACUAGAGAUAGAAGUUAUUCGCAAGUACCUAUCUCGAUUGCGGCUGGCCCGAAAGGAUUUCCUGAAAUCUCCUCGGACUUGGCUACUUAUCCUGGCACGUCGAACACUCAGCCCAGAAGAAACCUUCAGCAGAUGGAAGUAUAUUCCAACGAUGCGAUCAAUUCAGCGAUUCCAUCACAUCAGUCUGAUCCGAGCAAAAAGAACAAGAAGAGAAAAGUCAUUUCAAUUGAAGCGCAGGCUGGUCAAAUGGUUGGAUCUUCAACAACCCAACAGUCGCUCGCGGGUCCCAAGGUUGACGUGAGGAUGGGAGCAAGUGCUCCUGUUGCCGCCCGAGCAGGACAUCUAAACUCGGCACCUAUGGACAUGCCUGCGGAGAAUCAAAAAAUGCACCUGUCUCUGGCGGAAACGUCCAGGCAGGGUGUAAAAUCACAAGGAAUGACACCGAGCCAUGCAAGCAAAUCAUCCAAGAUCGGAAAGACAGGAGCUAUGAGUGCAGAGAGCAUGUUGUCAGCAUCUGUUCAGAUGGAGAGAAGUGGAGCGAUUGCCUAUGCCAUCAUGUUUCUCGAAGGGGGGAAGCUUUACUCCACUCUGUCGCCAAUGGAAGGAGUCAAGAUCCGUCUGAGGCUCACCGACCUAUACAGCUUCUACACAUUCAAUCAUGAGUCGGCGAUCAGUCGAAUGCAUGAAGCUCUCAGGCUGCUUGAAAGGACUGGUGGAUCUUCGAAAUCCCACGCAAUCUGUGUAGUCUUACAUCUCCGCUUAGCUUGUGUGCAUGCCAGAAUCGGCAAGAGCAUGGAUAAGGCAUGGCGAGAAUUGACCGCGGCUAAGAAGAUAGUAGAGGACAUCAAGAUCUUGGAGUACAGGCCAUGGAUUCACCUUGUUUCGUAUCAGCUGCACGCCAGCACAGGAGACUUCGAACCUGCUCACGCUGAGAUUCGCUCGUGCAUGGAGCUGCUGAAGGACGCGAUCUUGCCUCGUAGAUCUGAAUUUGAAAUCGUUUGCUACAUGUUGCUAGCACACAGCAAGCUACAAGCUGGAAUGGUGCAAGAGGCAAGGGAGCACGUGAGCAGUGUCGACGCCAUCUUGGAGGGCUCAAAAGGCAAGCAAGAGCUUCCAGCGGAGCUCAGACCUUUCUUCGAGACUUUGAGGUUGUUGACUACUCCCUCCAGUCAUGUUGAAAGCUUGCAGAACUCAAGCAAGAAUCUUUCUGUACCUCGACAUAGUCACCUGCAGUUCUUCUGGUGGCACUCAGAUUCGUCGCUCGACGUUCUUCUCAAUUUCUUCCGGUCGCAGAUGUUGCCUGCCAUUCACAUCCAUGAGGUACUUCAGAGUUCAGACUCUACUGCAAGCACAGACAAGAAAGAUGCGCUUUUGAAAGCCGAAGAGGUGCUGAAGGAUGGCUUUGAGAUGAUGGAGCACUCGCGCAAGGUGGAUGAGAUGGCUGCAAGCCCCCCGAUGGUCUUGGAAAACGCCUUGCUGAACAUUCUCCUGCUGGAGCGAAGCAGUGCCCUAUGCCUGUGCCGCUCAUCGUACAAUGGAGCUGUAGAGAAGCUUUCUGCCAUGAUCGACGCUCUCAAGCUUGUGGAGAACAUGGCUUCUUUCCUUGCCUCAGAUAGCCAGAAACAGCUGCUGAUAAUUUCUAUUCAUUGUUCUAUUGCGAAUUAUCUCGUUCGCAUGGGUGAAAUGAGCAGUGCCCUAGCGCAUCUUCGCGAAGCUGAGCUUCUGUCCAGCAGGAGCCCCACGACCGUCAGCAUUCUGUUGCUGGAAGCUCUCGUCCUCCUUGAUGGUUCGGAUGUCCUUCCGAAUCAAGGGAACCAGGAGAUGCUGGAAGAGACUGUGGCGAGGGAGGGAGAGAAAUUUGUUUCCAAGGCAGAGAAGCUCUUGUCGGAUCAAAGUUGCUUGAGCUGGGCGAGGGCGACCAUCUUGUUCUUGAAAGCCAAGCACAUGCUCAAGGGUUCGACUUCUCUUGACCAGGAGAGCAUCGAGGGGGCCAUCGACCUCCUGCAGAAGGCGAGCGAGUGCGUGGUAGAGGACAACUCCGACUUUCAGCUACAGAUUAAGAUCUUAGCGCUUCGAGGAGACGCGCUGUUGAUGCUCGACCAAGCGACUGCGGCGCUGGCGUCGCUCACGGACGCUCACACACGCGUCAACAUGGUGGGCGACGUGUGGCUGGAGCUGAGGAUACUUCGAGGCCUGGAGCGAUGCUACCUCAAGCUGCCGGAUCGAUUCCACGUGGCUAAGGCCUCCCUGACCGUGAAAGCCAAUCGAGAGCGAAGAAUCAACGAAGCGAUCGCUGCUGCUCGAUCGAGUCCCCAUCACAUAGUGGUGAAGGACUGGAGGAUUCCUGGUAGCUUCAAGUAG